UCAGUAAAUAAUAAUUUCAAUUCAAUAAAAUGAAGAUCACCAUCGUCAAUGGAUCCCCGAAAUCCACCGAUAAUAAUGUUCUAAACUGCAAAUUCCAUGCCCUAAUUUCCUACCAGCCCAGCAAUCUCGAUGAGCAAAACAGCAAUUUCGUCACCGUCGAUCGUCCCUCGCCGCCACUCCUCCGCCGCCGCCGGAAAACUACAAUUCCGCCACCAAUUAUGAUCCGAAAAUCGGAUGUCAUCACCGGCGUUGCAAGCAACCAAAACUCUCCCUGCGUGAAAUCACCAUGGGCGUGGGGGCCAAACCAAAACCGCGAUAUUUCCCCCAAACAGCAGGGAACCCUAAUCCGCGAAGACGGCCAUGUUUACUCGAUCGCGGCGGCGGGUGAGCUGCUGUACACAGGGUCGGAAAGCAAGAAUAUUCGAGUGUGGAAGAGCAUGGAGGAAUUCUCAGAGUUCAAAUCCAGCAGCGGUCUCGUGAAGGCCAUCGUCGUGUCGGGAGAUAAUAUCUUCACGGGGCAUCAGGACGGGAAAGUUCGAAUUUGGAAAUUCCAGAAGGCGGCGUACAGCCGCGUCGGAACUCUGCCGAAGCCGCAGGAUCUGAUGGUGAAAUCGAUGAACCCUAGAAAUUACGUGGUGAGAAGGAGGAGGAAACGAAAUUAUGUUCCAUGGAUCAAGCACUACGACGCCGUUUCGUGCUUGAGCAUCGAUUCCGAGUGCGGGCUGCUGUAUUCUGGAUCGUGGGACAAGACGCUCAAAGUCUGGAGAAUAUCCGAUUCCAAGUGCCUGGAAUCGAUCCCGGCCCACGAAGACGCCGUCAAUGCCGUCGCCGUGGCGUUCGCCGGGCUAGUAUUCACCGGCUCGGCUGACGGCACGGUGAAGGCGUGGCGGCGGAGGAAGGAGAGUCCGGCGAAGCACGUGCUGGUGGAGACGGUGCUGAGUCAGCAGCACGCGGUGACGUCUUUGGCGGUGGCGAUGGCGGGGGCGGGGGUGGUGUACGCGGGGUCGUCGGACGGGCUGGUUUUGUUCUGGGAAAGGGAAAGGGAUGAGAAGGGCCGCUGCAGCGUGUCGUACGGCGGCGUUUUGAGGGGGCACAAGAACCAUCAGGCGGUGCUGUGCGUGGCGGUGGGAGGGAAGCUGGUGGCGAGUGGGUCGGCGGACAAGAGCAUAUGCGUGUGGCGGAGGGACGUCGGCGGGGAGCACGGGUGCGUGGCGGUGCUGACGGGGCAUGACGGUCCGGUGAAAUGCCUAUGCUUGGCAAUGGAGGCGGGAGAUGAAGACGAAGAAGAAGAUGAAGACGAGGAUAACUAUAAAUGUAACUAUAACUGGAUUGUGUAUAGUGGGAGUCUGGAUAGGAGUGUCAGGAUAUGGAGGCUCUCGGACUCUAGCUAGCUACCUGCUAACACUGGCGUGAAAAAGCAAGAAAAAAGAUUGAACAAAAAUAAUGACUUAAAAUUGA